ACAAAGUGUCUUCUGCGCGUGCUUGUGUGUUUAAAAGUUGGCGCGAUCUGACUUCAUCACAUCCCUUUCAGAAAUAUACUUAUCAUCCCCAUAAAAAUCCGUAGGACAGAAAUGAAUCACUGUGAGCUUGAAGAAGUAACACAACAUAUUAACAACAAAAUAUCCAUGAUUAAAAGACUGCUGGAGCUUCGAGCUGUUGCAAAAGAUCCAAGCAAACGGGGAACUCUUCUCAAAAUCGAGCAAGAAGUCGCUGGCAUCAAUGAGCUUCUUGAUCGCUUUGAGAUAUAUGUGGGCCAGCAGAGAGACUUGCUGAAGCAUUUGAAGGAUCUAGAAGGGUUUUUCCUGGAGGACGAACAGGAUGCCUAUCACCUCAAGAACAACACCCCUCCGCACAUGCCCAAAAGAGGCCAACAAGCAGCUCUGCAAGGUGGAGGACAGGUGGCAGUUCAGAGCAGGCAGACAGAUGCGGCCCCCGCCCCUCAGGAACAGGGGCCGCCCAGGAAACCUCCACGAAACCAGAUCAAAGAGAUGGAGUUCAUUACAGUCCCAGAGUUUGACAGCAUACCACCGUACAUGAAAGGCCGUGUGACAUACGACCAGCUGAACGCGGCGGUCCAAAGCAUCAACACAGCUGUGACAUCAAAAUAUAAGAUCCUCCAUCAGUCUGUCAAAACCCUGAACAACGCGUCCCGUACGCUCCACCAGCGCUUCAAAGACCAAGAAACAAAGGACACCAAGGGUCAGUUUUUCAUUGUGGAGCAAGACAUCAGAGAGUUCACCCAGCUGAAGGUGGACAAACGGUUUGUGGGCAUGUUGAACAUGUUACGCCACUGCCAGCGUCUGAAGGAGGUCCGAGGCGGUGGUCUCACACGCUUCCUCCUGCUCUAAGGGUCGUGGACGCCCACAUCUCCAUCACAUCGCUUUCAAUGGAGUUCUAAAAGGCUCUGUGCACUAAAGGAUAUGUUUGUUCGAGAGCUGUUUGCUGUGGAAUGAACUUGCCAAAUCAUCCUUAUAAACAUCAAUUACAUUUGCAGGCCUAAAACCUGAUAGAGAGAUGGAUUUAAAUGCAAAAAACGUUCUGUUAUUGCCUGAAGAAUCUUUCACAUUUUGUUCUACAACAUAAAUUAUACAUUACACAGUCAAACAUCAAAUGCUAAAACCAUUGUGUGCUCAAUUUUGUUAAUAAUUGAUGAAUUUGCAUUUAAGGUAUAACUUUGUGUAAGUUGUUGCAGUACAAAAACUCAUUAUUUUGCUGAACAAACUUCUCUUCAAUCAAUGUCAACAACAGACUUAAUUUACUCAUAAAUCCUGUUCUGAAAACCCAUUAGAAAUUCUCAGGAGCACCACAUGAUGAAUUUGCAUUCUGGGGUCAACCUGCAAACUGGCUUUGUGGAUACACAGUUGAUGAUGUAGAUGGGUCACUCAAUCUGUGAUGAUGAAAUUAUAAAUUGUUUGCUGUAUUAUUUAUAUUGGUGGAAAGUGGAAAAAUAUUGGAGCUCUAAUAAAAUUGCAGUAUUCGUA